AUGGCCCCAACAGGUUGCAGCUGCUUCCCAGUGACACUUGAGCGAUCCAAAAAGGGUAGCUUCAAGUUUGUUAGGAGUUCCUCCUCUGUUGCUGGUUCAUUUAAAUCAUUUUCUUUUAAGAAAAGGAGCACCCAAGAGAAACAAGCACUGAUUGUUUGCUUUGGGGAGAUGUUGAUCGAUUUCGUCCCAAUUACUGCUGGAGUUUCUCUUGCAGAUGCAGAAGGUUUCAAAAAAGCUGCUGGUGGAGCUCCUGCUAAUGUUGCAGUUGGAAUAUCAAGAUUAGGAGGCUCAGCAGCAUUUAUGGGCAAGGUUGGUAAAGAUGAAUUUGGAUACAUGUUGGCUGAUAUUCUGAAAGAAAACAAUGUGGACAAUUCCGGCAUGCGUUUUGACCCAAAUGCAAGGACUGCAUUGGCAUUUGUUACACUCAGAAGUGACGGGGAACGUGAAUUCAUGUUCUACCGCAACCCAAGUGCUGAUAAGCUUCUUCAUGAGAAAGAACUUGACGUGAAUCUAAUAAAAAAGGCUGGUAUUUUUCACUAUGGAUCGAUUAGUUUGAUCGAGGAACCAUGCAGAUCGGCUCAUCUUGCUGCAAUGGACAUUGCCAAAAAGGCUGGUUGUAUCCUCUCUUAUGAUCCAAACUUGAGAUUGCCACUGUGGCCAUCUGCAGAGGCUGCUCAGCAAGGCAUUAUGAGCAUAUGGAACCAAGCUGACAUUAUUAAGAUAAGUGAGGAAGAAAUUGAGUUCUUGACUGGAGGUGAUGAUCCUUAUGAUGAUGAUAUGGUCAUGAAAAAACUUUAUCACCCCAAUCUGAAGCUUCUGAUAGUAACUGUAGGGGCAGCAGGCUGCAGAUACUAUACAAAGGAAUUUAAGGGUAAGGUUGAAGGCAUCAAAGCUGAUGCUGUUGACACUACUGGUGCCGGUGAUUCGUUUGUCGGUGCCAUACUCAACAGCUGGGGUUCAGACCUAAAUCUGUACAAGGAUGAAAAAAGGUUGAGAGAAGCUCUCUUGUUUGCCAAUGCAUGUGGUGCUCUCACGGUGCAAAAGAAAGGAGCUAUACCAGCAAUGCCCACAAAAGAAGCUGUCGACCAAUUUCUUCACCAAACCACUGCUUGA